AUGGCUGCCCCCGGCGCAGGCCCCGACCCCGACCCGUGGGAUCGCACGGCGAUACACUCGGGGAACCAAUAUCUCCGCCACUUCCCCAUGAAGCAGCAAUGCGGAAUGUGUAACGGAGCCGUGUCCGCGAAUGACGUAUGCGUAGGUCUCGUCGGAAACGAUACCACAGCCACCCUCCAAACCCACACCGCGCAAUUCCUCGCCCCCGACGCCCACGACCGCACCCGCUCCGUCAACAACUGGGUCCUCUGCGCCCGCCGCACCUGCAAAAUCUGCGACUUCAACCCCGACACCACCGUCCUCCACCACGAGUGCUUCGCCCUCUGGAGGCACGUCGCCUGGCGCCGCCCCUGGGUCCGCAUGCACUGCCUGCCCCUGCCCGAGACGAGCCACAUCCCCUUGUCCGCCCUCGCCGUCGUCGCCGCCAAGUGCGGCCUUGCCGGCCUCGCUACCUUGCCCCAGGAGAUCCUGCAAGUCAUCCGCGCCCACUCGGCGUCCGCCCACCUCUGGAGGUACGUCGCCGGCCUCGGCCUCGCCGCCCAGCUAGAGGAAGCCGCCGCCGCCUCCUCCCGCCCAGACGCCGGCCUCUACGAGAUUUCCAUCCGCGACGUCGCCUCCUGGGAGCGCGGCAUGGACAGGCCUGUCGAGACCAGGAGCGGCAGCACCCCUCUUCCCGUCCUCCGCAUCGUCGUCGACGCGCAGGGCAUCCAGACCGUCGAGACCCUCACCAACGAGGACGCGCGGUACCGCCACAUCCGGUCCGACGACCGCUUCUUCAUCGUCACCGAAACCGCCGACCAGUACCUCGACGGCGUGACCGCCCUCUUCCAGGACGGCCUCAUGCGCCUGCGCAUCCCCCGAGCAGCCCAACCCCCACCUCUGGGACCUGCCCACGCCCCCAUCUUCCGCCCCUCCGUGCCCCUCCGGGACAAGACGGCGCCCCGCGUCGUCCACCUCCAGGAACGCGGCGUCAAGGAUUCCACCUCCCACAGCAUCGACCUCACCUCCGUCACGGGGCUCACUUUCCUCUUUGCCAACUACAUUGGCCUCGCUGCCAUCCACGGCCACACGGCCGAGAAACCCCACGCCACCAUCCCCCACGACAUCACUCCCAACGGCCUAUGCUGGGUCUAUGUCCCCAUCUCUAAAAACGACACCGUCCUAUCUCUCGAUCUCAGGGCGCGAGAACCCAACUUUUAUACCCAAUGGCCUUCUCUCCUGCUCCACACAGAACUCACCGGCCUCAACAUCUUCGGCACCUUUCUCAAAUCCGAAUUCCCUCCACCCCCUCGGCCGCCGCCCCUCCAUGCUCUUCUACACCCGCUCCCCCACGGCCACGUCAUCGGCAUGGGCACCGCCGCCCGCACCCGCGACCCCGUCAAGCGUCCCACCCCUCUCUCCCGCCCCGAGACCAUCGUCCCCAACUUCCUCGCCAUGGACCUCCUCAUCAAGUUUUCCUCCGCGCCCCUCGACGCCGUCCGCGUCGCCACCGUCUUCCACCACCCCGACCAGCCCCACCUGUGCCUCGGCAUCAUCUUCGACUACGAAAACGGCGGCAGCCGCGCCGUCGGCCAGUGCCGCCUCGGCCACGACGCCACCACCGUCCACCACCGGCCCACCCGCGUCUGCGUGCGCAACGUGCCCCAGCUUCACGAGGGUGAGCCCGAGCUCCAGUGGACCACCAAAGUCGCCUUCUCGAGCGGCUCCGAUCACUCCCACGAGAGCGGUGGGGGCGGAGGCGGAGGCGGAGGCGACGGCGAAGGCGACGGCGAUGGCAUGCGCUGCUUCUCCAUGAAGGACAGCGUCCUCGACUUUUGGUUCACCGCGCGCGAGUUCUGCAUCGAGAUCCGGAGGGACAACGAGGCCCCCGGCAGCAGCGACUGGGACUCUCAUUCCUAUGCCAUUGUAGAAACCUAG